UCCUCUUUCCUUUAAGGUGACGUGCGCUUUCGUCUGUGGACUGUUCUUAUAACUCUACUUCAGGACGAUGAGCCUCUGGUCAGAGACAAAAUGUCUUACGGGUUUUCUAUUUUGUUACAAGUAAUCGAGACCUCGACUGUGGUUUGUACCUUACCCUUUGGAAGUUUUGCCGUAGUUGCUCCUCUCUCACUUGAGAAUGCCAUGUUUUGUGUGUGGUCCUUGUUCUUUGAUGAAGAACCUGUGGCUUGUGUGUCGUGGAUGUUGGACUGGAUUUGUGGCGACCUGGUUUGUGACAGUGAAGACUCUGAUCGGGCAAUUCUCAUUUCAGACAUGGAUCGUCUCUUUGAAAAAGGACCUCUCAACAUUUAUUCCGAGGAUUGUGUUGUGACGCGAGUGGCCUGGGAAACUGUAAAAUGUGGAUUGGAACGGAAAAACGGAUGUGCUCUAUUGAUUCUUCAGCAACAUAAAUCAACACUAACUAUCUCCUUGAAAGAGCAGUUGGAAAAUUGUCUCUUAUUCCUUGAGAAUCUCAUGCUAAAUAACUGGAACGUUCCUGCAAAUUUUAAUUACUUUUAUCGAGGACUUGUUGGAAUUGCUGUAAUCGCCUUGUUAAAAGAAAAACUGGAAGAAGGAAUUGCUUCUCCUCUGACGAACAGAAUUGAUGCAAUAGUUCAUGCAGUUAAAAAACCUUCUGAUACUGGAGGAAUUUUAUCUCAUCCAAAGACACAGAAGUGCCUUGAGGAAUUAAAUAAAUUUCUUACUUCUUGAAUUACUUAAGAUACAUGGUGUAUUCGUGUGAUACGACCUACAAUCUGCUGCUUAAAUGUAAUAAAAACCACAGAUGUUUUUAAGAUA